AGUAACUUAAUACUAGCAACUAUAUUUAUAACAAUAAACACGUUAAUGAUAAUCCUGAAGAACUUUCGUGAUUAGAUUAUAGUAUUUAUAUUUUCUUCUAUAGAACAUUAAUAUUUAGUAUUCAAUAUAACCGAGGAAGAUAUAAACGAAUCGAGUGCAUUAAUAACUUAUCAAUAAAUUAAUUGCUUUCAAUAAACAUAUCUCAUUAAGCAAGUUUAAUGCAAUCUCUGUGAACUUCGUCACUUAAAGUUCGUUGUCACAGCAUUAUACACGUAAGUUUUCUUCAUUUUCCCAUUCGUCGGAAGCAUAGUUGUCGUUGUUGUUGUCAACUCUGUUCAGUACAAAUUUUAAAUUAAGACGUAGCAAAUAUUAAUCGAAAUUUUAUUCAAAUGUUUACAAUUUGCCAGUUCAAAAAUAUUUUUAAAUAACAAUAAUUCUACAUUAAUAUAUGUUCAUUUUUUUGUGUAUAAAAAGGAUACUCAGAAGCAAGUAGAAAAUGAUUACCCUGGAGCACAUUGGAUACUUAAUCUUAUUCUUGAUAUUCCUCUACUGGUACACAACCGCAACAUUCAAAUUCUGGUCUAGCCGCGGCGUAGCUGGACCAAAACCUACAGCCUUCAUCGGUAACUUCCACGACGUGUUGUUCAGCAAGAUAUCCCUCGGAGAAUGGUUAGCCAAGUACUACCACGAGUACCCGAAUGAACCUAUGGUAGGUGUAUUUGUCCGACGAACGCCACUGCUGAUUCUUCGAGAUUUGGACCUGAUAAAGGACGUGUUUAUCCGUGACUUUUCAAAGUUCCACGACCGAGGUUUGAAGACCUUCGAAGACGCGGACCCACUGUCCCAAAACUUGAUAAAACUAGAGCAUGCGAGGUGGCGCCCACUUAGGAACAAGCUGUCGCCUGCUUUUACCUCAGGAAAGCUCAAAGAAAUGUUCUACUUGUUGGCAGAGUGUGGAAACUACUUCCAAGAUUACCUUGAGCGGACAGUUGCCAAGGAUGAGCCAAUUGAAGUUCGUGACUUGACGGCUCGCUUCACCACAGACGUAAUUGGAACCUGUGUGUUCGGUGUGCAAAUGAACGCGAUGAGCGACGAAAACAGUGAGUUCCGUCGGAUGGGUAAAUAUGUGUUCAAAGUGAAUUCGUUUAAAUUGUUCCGGUUUCGCGUUCGCGAGCUUUUCCCGGCAAUUUACAAGAUUAUAGGGCCUGCUAUGAAGGACAAAAUGAUCGUCGAUUUCUUCAUGAACACUAUGAAGGACGCAAUUGCUUACAGGAGGAAAUACAAUGUGGUUAAGCACGAUUUCAUCGAUCAGGUGAUGGAACUCCAGGACAAUCCGGAUAAAAUUGAGAUCAAGCUGACUGAUGAAUUGCUGACGUCUCAGCUCUUUGUUUUCUUCUUGGCGGGAUUCGAAACCUCGUCGACGACGAUGAGCAAUGCGCUCUAUGAGCUGGCAUUGCACCAGGACGUCCAGGACAAGUUGAGGGCAGAGAUUUUGGAAACUCUUAAAGCUUGCAAUGGACAUCUUACUUAUGAUGUUAUCAAAUCGAUGAAGUAUAUGGAAAUGGUGUUUAGAGAGUCUUUAAGACUUUAUCCACCAGCAACGUUGCUCGUCAGACGCGCCAAUUGCAAUUAUACAUUCUCUGGCACGAAUAUCACGAUACCAACAGACAUGAAGAUCAUGGUCCCGGUUCUAGCGAUUCAUCGCGAUCCGCAUAUCUAUCCUAAUCCAGAAGUUUUUCAACCUGAAAGAUGGACCCCGGAGGGUAAGGCCUCAAGGCAUCCAAUGACUUGGCUACCUUUUGGCGCUGGUCCUAGAAGUUGUAUUGGAGCAAGAUUUUCAAACCAUCAAUCAAAAGUCGGGUUGAUAAAAAUCCUCGAAAAAUACAGUGUUCAUCCAUGUGAAAAAACAGAAAUUCCAUACAAAAUUCAUCCAACUGGAUUUUUAUUAGCGCCAUUGAACGGAAUUCAUCUUAAAUUUUCAAAAGUGUAGUGUGUCUUGUUGACCAAAAACAAAUUGACUUUUUAAACUUAUCAAUUACAUUGUCAUUAAGCUCAAAGUUCACGAAAAACCGCUACUUUAAUUCACAAAUUUAAAUGCGAAAAAGCUUGCAUACUUUUAGCGUUUCUUCGUGAAAUUUUUCAGAAUCAUCGUCAAACUCAUAAUUAAUAUAAAUUUAAAUAUUAUAAUUAUAAUUAUAAUGUAGAAAUAAAAAUAAUUGGCAGUGAUAGUAAGUAAGUGAGUAAGUGUAUCAU